AUGAACAGCCCGCGAACAUUUUCAACAGCAAAGUCUCUCCUGGCAAAGCCUGUAUCCAUACAGGCCACCUUGACAGAAAGAUCUCGGGGCAAACUCAGCGAGCAGAACCUCGAGAAAGCAGUCCGACAAGUCCGCCAUGACGGGCUUGUGAUUGUCCAAAAUGCCAUCGACACUAAUGUUCUCCGCAAGCUGAACGAGAAGAUGGUAGAGGAUGCCUUGGAGUUGCGGUCGAAGGGGGAGAACAGCCCAUUCAACUAUAAUCAAGGAAACCUGCAACAGGAUGCGCCGCCUGUAAGGGAAUACUUCCAGCCAGAAAUAUUUCUGAAUCCAAUUGCCACCCAGAUAACUUCGGCCGUGCUCGGGCCUCGUCCGAAAUUGACAUUUUGCUCAGGUAACUCGGCAAUGCCUCCCAGACCAGGCUCUCCUCCCGAGAGACAACCAGUACACUCCGACGCGGAUUUCGCACAUCCCGAUCACCCUUUCGCACUGGUGGUCAAUGUCCCGCUGAUCGAUAUGAGACCCGAGAACGGGUCCACUGAAGUUUGGCUGGGCACACAUAACAAUUUCGGGAUUGAGGCACAGGAAGGGGCACACGGCGAGCGAGCCUCGGGGAGGAUCCAUGCUUCAUUAUUGGCAGAAAGGUCGAAAACUAACCCACCAAUCCAGCCAUUUGUUCCCAGCGGCAGCAUCAUCGUCCGUGAUCUGAGACUCUGGCAUGCUGGUAUGCCAAACACAACUUCGCACGUGAGAAUCAUGCUGGCGAUGAUCCAUUUUGCUCCUUGGUAUCGUAAUCAAAUGAGGCUCGAGCUUGCCGAGGAGAUAAAACCGCUGGUGGAGAGCGUACGGGAUCUUGACAUCAGGGCCGACUUCGUACGUGAGGGCGACGCAUUGAAAAGAUACCUCAACCGAGGUUUUGGGAACAGCUACGACUUUGGACAAAGUCCAUAG